AUGCAUGGAUCUACUCAAUCCGUAGAUAUCGAUCCAACGGCUAUAAACGCUUCUAUUCCUUCCCAAAUUCGCACGCUUGCUUACCUAUUCUUCGCAACUCCAACGGUCCAAUACAAAACCCUCUAUUUUUAAAAUUCCAGAAGAUCCCUUCAUUAAAUUUGAAAACUAGCCGUUACUAACCAAGAAGCCAAGGAAUCAUCUUCACCAAAACCCCCUCUCUCUCCCCUUAAAUAAUUUCGCCGACAUUUCAUUUCUGAUCCAAUUUGAAUCUCUCAAAUUUCUCUUUUCCUUUAUAUCUGAAAUCUUCACCCAAAUCCAUUUUAAUGGCGCUGCCGUCUAACAGAUCAUCUUCACCGUCGAUGGUGACCGGAAGAACAAGCCCUAUUUCUAGAAAUUCCGAAAUCAGCAACCCUGUCUACCGGAGCUUCUCCAGUAAUCCGUUUUCGAAGCCGUCGAUCGCCACCAGUUUGAAAAGCUUGAAUCCGAUCACUCCGGCGAAUAAUCCAUCCGUUGCAGAUUAUCCUCCACAAAGGAAUUCUGUGAGCAGAGAAAUUUUAUUUACUUCUCGAGACAAUGAGGAUAAAGAAAAUGGGAAAGAUCAGAGUCCAAAACUCACCCGAGUCCGUUCGCCGACGGUCGGAAAAUCGAUGAAGAAUUUCAUGUCGUCUACAAUUUCCGCUGCCUCCAAGAUUGCCGUCUCUCCGAAGAAGAAGAUUCUGGGCGAUCGGAACGAGCCAGUUCGGUCGUCUCUUUCAUUUUCCGGCAUGAAAAGCUCUUCACUCAACUCGGUGAAUCCAACUCCUGAGGCGUCAAUGGCAUUUGAAUCCGAUACGAACCCUCCAAUGCCUCUAAUUUCAAAUCCUAAAUCAACAAAAACAGUGAGAUUCGGUGGUGUUGAGGUCAUUUCUGGUUCGUACGAGGAUUCAGAAUCUGCUUACCGAUAUAAUUUGAACCCGGAGUUGGUAACAAUAGCAGCUGUAACCGAUUCGAAGUCUGGAAUUGUUCCGAUUGCUAAAUCUGCCAUUGCAGCAGCAUCUUCCAAAUCUUCUAAAACUGUGACAUUCGGUGGUUUUGAGGUUAUUUCUGAUUCCUAUGACGAUUCAGAAUCCACAUACCGACAUGGACACGAUCCGAACCCAGAAGCUGUAACAGUGGCAGUCGAGGCCGAUGCAGAGCCUGAAAUCGGUCCGAUUUCAGAUUCCGACAUUGCAGCUGUAACUCCCGAAGCUUCAAAGAUUAUGAGAUUUUCUGAUUUGGAAGCUGUCUCGAACAACGCUUUAGAGUCUUCGGUUAACAGUAAUUUUACUGAAGAAGUGGAUUGUGUUAAUCUUGACCCAAGUUUUAACAUCAGUCCAGUUUCUUCUCCAAUGAUAGCACCUAUGGAUGCUGAUCCCAUAAUCACUCCUUAUGAUCCUAAAACUAAUUAUCUGUCGCCAAGGCCACAGUUCCUCCAUUACAACCCAAACCGAAGAAUCAAUCGACCAGACGGUAGAUUUGAGGAACUCUUUUCCACUUCGGAGGAGACUGACUGUGAAGAUCCACAGAAGGAAUCUGAUGAAGUUUCUUCCAAUGAAUCGCAGAUGAAAGAAGAAGAAAAAGAAGAAGAGGUUGAUGUUUCUGAACAAGGCCCCACGGAAGUUAAAAAGUCGUCGAAGCCUCUGUUGUCUAGGAUAUUCAAGAUCAGUUCUCUGCUUUUGAUUUUGUUUACUGCUUGCUUGUCGAUUUGUGUUGUGAAUGUCCAUGAUCCAACUAUCUUCGAAAGAUCAACCUUGUUAACAAUGGGGGAUCAGUCUGAAAUUUUCGCGUCUGCUAAAACGAAUUUCAAUGUGUUGGUUGGGAAACUUGAGAUUUGGCAUGCGAAUUCCAUCUCUUUUAUUUCUGAUGUGGUUUUCAACUUCAGAGGAGGGCCGCCAUUGAUACAUCUGAACCAAACUGAGUUUUUCUACGGAGAUGUCAAUAAGGAUGAACAGUGUCUUGUAUUGUCUCAUCAGAACGUGUGGGAAGAAGAAAACAAUUUGAUGAAUGCAAUGGAAGCCAUGAAGGACAGAGAAGGUCAGAAUAAAGAGGGACAAGAACAAGAAGAAGAUGCACAAGAGGAAGCCAUAAAGGUGAAAGAAAUUGGCAUCCAAACUGUUGAAAGAGAAUCUCAGAAUGAAGAAGUAGAAGAACAGUCGUUUCAAGAGAUUGAGGCGAGAACCAAUGAUUCAGAAAACAGUGAAAAAGAGAAUGACGAGGCUUCUGAAGAAUCAUUACAAGAAAUCAUUGAACAUAUUGAGGGAGAAGGUCAGAAUAUAGAGGGACAAGAACAGCAAGAAGAAGCACAAGAUACCGAAGCCAUGAAGGAGAGAGAAAUUGGAAUCGAAACAGUUGAAAGAGAAUCUCAGAACGAAGAAGUAGAAGAAGAACCGUUUCAAAAGACUGAAGCCAAAGCCAAUGAUCAGAAAGACAGAGAAGAAGAGAAUGACGAGGCUUCUGAAGAAUCAUUACUAGAAAUCGUUGAAGAAGAAUCCGUUCAAGAGAAAACCGUAGAGAAUUUCAAAGCUUCUUCAUCGUCUGAUUUUAAAUUACAUGGUCAAAUUGAACAAGCAGCAGCAACAGGGGAAACACAUUAUGAAAUUGAACAAGCAGCAGCAACAGGGGAAACACAUUAUGAAAUUGAACAAGCAGCAGCAACAGGGGAAACACAUUAUGAAAUUGAACAAGCAGCAGCAACAGAGGAAACACAGGAAGAAACGAACACAGAAUUUCAAUACCAGUCACCUCCAGUUUCUUCUCCUCCAUCUGAACAUCAAUCUGAUGUUGAAGAAGAAAAUGGCGGCAAAAUCGUCGAUCUCAUCAGAACAGCCACCGGAAUCUCUCGUGAUUUCACACAGAACACGGCUGCAAUAAUAUCUGCAAUACUGCUAGGAUUAUUUCUUAUUAUACCUGCAGGACUGAUUUAUGCAAGAAAAUCAGGCUCAAGACGAACAACAUCCACAGCGGCCAUUGCUGAAGAGCAGCAAGAGGAGCCAUUGCUGAAAGAUAAGAAGACAAACCAGAGUCUGGUGGAAGAGGAAGAAGAAGAAGAUGCACUGGAUGAUGAUGACGAUGAUAUGGCUGGAGAAUUUUGCUCUUCUGAAACGAGUAGUUUUUUCCAGUACAGCAGCGUGAGAGAAGGAGAAACAGAAGCAGCGAAAAGAUCGAGUGAAUUUCAAAGCCAUAGCCAUGUGAGGAGGGAGAAUUCAAGAAGAGAAUCUAUCGCUGAAGCAGCGACGAGAUCGAGUGAAGUUCAGAGCCAUAGCCAUGGGAGGAGGAAGAUUAGAAUGGAGAAUUCACGAAGAGAAUCUAUGGCUUCUUCUUCUUUGGAUGAAUACUCAGUGUCCUCUUCGGCUUCUCCAUCUUAUGGGCGUUUCACAACUUAUGAGAAGAUCCCAAUCAAGCAUAAAAAUGGAGACGAAGAGAUCGUGACUCCGGUCAGACGCUCUAGUAGGAUUAGAAAUCGACACAAUAAUAGUUGAUUCGUGUAUUAAAUGAAAAAACGUGCUUAUAUGUUAAAAUUUGGAGUGUUUUUGUGCAUACAUUUAACCUCGAGUCAAAUGUUAUGAUAAAACUCCUCGAAAGCAAAGACAAUAGUAGUUAGAAUUAGAAAGCAAUGCACACCAAAUUGCUGAAAUUUGAGAGUA